AUGGUUUUGCUGUAUACAUUCCCAAGAUGUUCAUCAUCUUCUUCAUUAACCAUCCCAUUAGCUCAAGAAAUGCGAGAAACAUUACCAAUCACGGGUCAUUUUGACUCAGUGGAUCUCAGUAAUAAUAAUUAUACCAACUGCUAUAAUCUGCAUGAGUCUGUGAAUGAAUCGAAAUUCGAAUUCGGUAAUAUUUCGGCAUAUAAACUGCCGUUUUACAAGGGUUUCUAUUCAUUUGUGACCGGCAAAGACCAUCGACAGAUUUAUAAACAAAUGGAGAUUGAUUCAGAAGAAGAGGAUGAUUAUUCAGAGCGUCCUUCCACAACCUCGGUAGAAAAUUAUUCCGUCAUUCACAGAGUGAAUGAAGCGAAAAGAAUUACAGAUGAAAAUCUUCGACGAAAAGUGCUGAAACUUUCGACCUCUAAAAUUCAGACGAUAAGUGCAUCAAAUGUCUCUACUUCGCUUAGAAAAUCGGUUCUUAUCAUCAAUAUGAUGAAACGAUUACAGCGAGAAAUUGAUCUUUGUGACGUUGAUGUUUAUGAUAGUCUGAGAGAGGAAAGUACGGCACUGGCUGUGUAUAUUGAUAAGGAGGAUCAAGAAAACGAAGAGCGGGAAAAGAAGGAAAUAAAAAGUUUGUGGCAGUCAGGGGAAUGUUACGUUCAGCAAGGUAACAACAAUUAUGCGAUCAAUACAUCUGGUCGCUUCAAUUAUCUCAACUGGCCGUGGUCUGACGGCCAGUCCGUUUUUUCAGCUACAAAUGAUACUUUUCAAGAUCUCAAUGCAGACAAUAGUAUUUUCUUGGAGUAUGUACAAUGUGCUAUAAAGCCCUCCAAUGAAACGACGACAUCGAAAGAAAUAUCGUCAUCUUGUGCAGCGUUCCCUCUACCAUCGAAUGCGACAAACAUUUCAGGCAAUGACGCUUUGUGCCGAAAAACGAGUGAAAACGAUUAUGUAGAGGAGUAUAUCGAUAUGUGGCGUAAAUGGGAGGAAAAUAAUUACAAUCCGUUGGUAGAUUGUAAUUUAUCGCAGUUUGAUAUAAUCAAUCUAUUUGGCCUUCCAUCGGUCAAUAACCGAGUCAUUUUAUCAACUGCGUAA